GGCCAGCUAAAAAGUUGAGAUAAAUAGAGGAAGACAGAAAAAGGGGAAGAAAAGGAAAAAAUAUAUAUAUAUAUAUAAUAUUAAAACCAGAGUGAAUCGUCAGCUACUCUCAGGGGUCGGCCCGAGAAACUAACAGCGUCAAAUCGAGGCAAAAGAAAGAUGGCCGCUGCUAUACCGAUGUUGGACGACGUUAUCAAAGAGUAUCUCGUAUUUCGAGCGUUUUCGAACACCUUAAAGAGUUUUGAAUCAGAUCUAAAAGCAGAUAAGGACAAAAGCUUUAGGGUGGAUAAAAUUGUAGAUCAGUUGUACCAGUACAUCCUAAGCUAUGACAUCGUAGGUCUCAGGGACUUCUGGGACUACUUGAAUGAUCGUUUCUUCAAGAGACUGGACUAUCAGCACAACUCAAAUGUCAAGAAGUUGGAGAUGUGUCUUUUGCGGCUCUACAUAGUGCACGCAAUACAGAAUUCCAAAAAUGAUAAGGUUGUGGAGUUUUUCGAGAAGUAUACUGCAGAGCUACAGACACAAACUGAGUGGAGAGAAUGGUUUGCCAUCCCGUUUAUCAAGAAUCCUGAGCAGAAUGUCACAUUUGAGAUGUACUUUCAGAGGGCCUGGCAGGAGACAUUUUUCCUUUCACUAUACAACUUUUUGAUUACUUUGUUUCAUCACAUGCCCAUGCCAACAAUUCUUAAAUAUGAUGAGGAAAGGGGAAAGUUGCACAGGCUGGAGCAGGAGGUGUUGAAGCUCAAAGAGCAGGUUGUGUCACUGGCAGAUGAAGCAGCAAACUUACAACGUCAGAAGUCCAAACUGGAGCAAGAGCUUGCAGAAAGCCAGAGGAAGAGAGGUGAUACUGUCGAAGAGGAAGACAUGGAUGAGUUCUUUGUUGUUACCAGCAGGCCACAAGUACAAUCUGGCAAAUUUCUACCCAGCGUGUCCAAAAAGUUCUCCAAAUUAAUGUUCAAAGACAAGCAAGAAAAGAACAAGAAGGGAAAGGACCCAAAACAGCAACAACAACAGCAAAUGUUUCAUGGAGAACAAAUGCAGGCCAAAUUGAAAAGACAACAACUGGUCAGGCAGCAGCAGCAGCAACAGAUACAGGAACAGCAGAAGCAACUAUCCCUCUUGCAAGGAGAGCAGUUGAAGUCAAGUUCAGUUCUUAUGUCACAAGAGAAACCUCAAGGUCAAGAGGUUGAAGUUGAGAACGAGUCUCAAAAUGACGAGGAGGAUGCAAAACCCUUGAAGUCAUCCAUUUCAAAGACUCAGAGCCUUGACACACCAUCGAUUGAAAGCCUAGAUGACAAAGAAAAGUCAGGAUUCUCUAUCCAAAGGAGUAAAACCUUGCCUGGAAGACUGAAAACAUCUCAGCUGGAGCUGGAAGACAGGACAGAUGAUACACUUCGUAAGUCAGCCCUUCUUGAAGGUCAUGGUGAACACAAGUCUAAGGCUUUUAUAUUUCUAAGUCAGGAUGGCUACAAGGAACAUCACUCAGCGAUAGUUCAUUGCAGGUUUUCGUCCAGUGGAAGGAUGAUUGGAAGUGCUGACGCUGACGGAAUUGUCAAAGUCUGGACACACCAUCCUGAUAUCCAGACAUGUGGCACUAUAAUGUCUAAAUCACCACUGUUAUCACUGGAGUGGGCUCCAAAACCUGACAGACUGCUUCUUUUAGGCACAGGAAACGGUAAAGUUAAAUUCUACGACACGGAAAAUAAAAAGCCAAUAUGCGAUGUUGCAACCGAUUCUCAGUAUCCCAGAAUAGUGUCACUGUCAUGCAGUCCUACCGGAGGUGCCUUUGUGUGUUCGGCGGCAGCAAACAAGAAAUCUGUGACGUCAUCAUUAAGGUUGUCCCAGUCCUUUUCAAAAUACAGCGAGAUGUCCACUUUGACGUCAAACAGUUUAAGUAGCAGUUCAGGUGUUCUGCAGUGCUGGGAUAUGAAGGCCAUGAGAGUUGAGCGCCAACUACCAUUGGAUCCAGUCCCCACAUGUAUAAACUGCACUGCGUUUAAUCACAAUGCAACACUUUGUAUCUCAGGAGGAUCUGACGGCAUGAUACGCUUAUUUGAUAUGAGGUCAUUUGACUGUUUAAUUGGUUGGCAAGCUCAUGAAGGCGAGGUGUGUUCGAUACAGUUUAGUGCGGACGAGACCACAGCUUACAGUAUGGGAACAGAUGGCAAGUUUUCUCAGUGGAGUGUACAUCGCAUGGGUCAGAAGAUGACCGACCUUGAUAUCCAUGAUGGAGCUGUGUGGUGUGAGACAGAAGGACCAGGUCUCUCGCACGGCAAAACCAAGUUCAUGUCGUCGCCGUCAUCUUAUGGCAGGAUGUUUGCUUUCGAUGCUGAGGGACAGUAUCUCCUUUCUUGUGGGCCGGAAAGUGGAGUCGUAUAUAAAGUGGAAAAGAGCCAGGGGCUGUGUCAAGUGCUGUCCUUGCCGGCAGAACACAAGUCGCCUGUGGUGAGCGUUGACUGGAGCUCUUCAAUGAGCUGUUACACGUGUCUCACUGGCUCCGUGGAUGGAUCAAUACAAGUCACUUCUCUGUUAAAGCAUUGACAAUCUUUAUCAACCCUCCUAUCACUGCGUCGUCCCGUCAGCCUCCUCCUUAGAGUUUUCCACAGCUUUCAAAUCAAAGAUGGUGGCUACGAGAAGUUGUGCCCCAGGGAAGACCUUCAGUGGAAAUAAGACUGGCCGUAUGUGUCUGAGCAGUCGAACACAGGCCCCUUGGGAUCUUGUGGCGUGGCGUUGAGGUGCCUGUGAUUUGGGGAUAGGAGAAUAGAUAAACAGCCGGAUGACUUUUAUAAUCCGAAUUGUGUUUUAGGUAACGGCGGCAAAGAUAUAAUUUUUUUAUAAUUCUUACGAAGAAAUGAGAAUAAUGUUAAAUGAUGUAACGUUUGUUUUGUUUGUAUGAUGUUGUCUGUAGUAUUGGUUUCCAGAACAUAUUUCCAAUGUAAAUGUGAUAUGCAGUAACAGAUCAGAGGUAUAUGAGAGAGAUAUAUAUUUUUUAUGAAAUUUAUACGUAAAAAAUAUGCUUAAUCCAUAGAUAUGUAUUGAGAGUACAUAACAUUUCUCUAGAGGUGGCGAACAGGAAAAUAAAGUUCCCUAAUGACUGGA